AUACCAGUUGAGGUUUUCUCUUCCUCCAUGUUGUGACAAGAGCCUCACUGAUACACGAUGGGUGCUCCAGCCUUCUCUUUGCACCUCGGACAAAGCUGCUGCAGGAAGAGAACAAACCAUUUCCAUAUAGAUGGUAUUUACCGAUGCAGGGUGUGAGCCCUCCUUUACCCACCGAAGGGAGCAGGCAGCUCCUGCCCUGCUGAGCCCCUGCAGCCUGUGGAGUGAGCACUGCUGUGCCUGAGCCGGGCUGGAAGCUGCACGGAGGAGGGACCCUCACGGGGAGCGCGGUGGGAAUGACCUUGCAGAUUCCUGCUAAAAAUACUUAAAGCGGCGUGGCCUGGUUUUACCGACCUGCUGAAACCUUCAUCUCGGAUCUGCCGUUCCUGCAAGUGAAAGGAUAACAUCAGUGUUGGGAAGGGGGAUAAGGACAAACCCACCCUUCCCUUACAGGAGCCGCUUCCCUGCUGCUGCUCCGUGUGAGGACGAGAAGGGAAGGGAAGGGCAGGAGCGCCCGCGGCCGACAGCGGGGAGGAGGCACCGGAGCACGCAGGGGCCGAGGAGCAGCUCGGGGCCGGCUCCACGCAGGGUUAGCCCCGGACCGGAGGGGGGGGAGCCCCAUCCUUGUCGCCGCUGCCGCUGGGCCCCGGCCCGGUCCCCCCCCCCCUCCUGGCCGCGCUCCUCGGCCCGCCCCGGCCGCUGCCCUUCGGCCGCCCGUGGGACGUGGCCGGAGCGCUCCGCGGACCCGGGCGAGCCCCUUUCCACCAGCAGAGCCCAGAGUGCCACCGGCCAGGAGCCAGAGAUGACCAAGGAAGAAGAUCUGCCCGACUGGAACACAUCCCAGGAGUUCUAUGAGAAGUAUGAGCCGAAGGAGGUUUUGGGCAGGGGGGUGAGCAGUGUGGUCCGUCGGUGCAUCCACAAGACCACGAGGCAGGAGUAUGCUGUGAAGAUCAUCGACAUCACUGCAGGGAACAUAUCCCCCAAGGAGGUGCAGGAGCUGCGGGAGGCCACCACCAAGGAGAUCGACAUCCUCCGGAAGGUCUCAGGCCAUCCCAAUGUCAUCCAGCUAAAGGACAGCUACGAAUCCAGCACCUUCUUCUUCUUGGUGUUUGACCUGAUGAGGAGAGGGGAGCUCUUUGACUACCUCACUGAGAAAGUCACCUUGAGCGAGAAGGAGACGAGGAAGAUCAUGCGCGCGCUGCUGGAGGUGAUCCAGUACCUGCACUCCAUCAACAUUGUCCACCGGGAUCUGAAGCCGGAGAACAUCCUCCUGGAUGAUGACAUGAACAUAAAGCUGACGGACUUCGGCUUCUCCUGCCAGCUGCAGGAGAAUGAGAAGCUCAAAGAGAUCUGCGGCACUCCUGGCUACCUGGCCCCCGAGAUCCUGCAGUGCUCCAUGGACGACGAGCACCAAGGCUAUGGGAAGGAGGUGGAUAUGUGGAGCACUGGGGUGAUCAUGUACACCUUGCUGGCUGGCUCGCCUCCCUUCUGGCACCGCAAGCAGAUGCUGAUGCUGCGGAUGAUCAUGAAUGGGGACUACCAGUUCGGCUCCCCAGAGUGGGACGACCGCUCUGACACCGUCAAGGACCUGAUCUCCCGGUUCCUGGUGGUGGACCCACGGCAGAGGUACACAGCUGAAGAGGCACUUGCACACCCCUUCUUCCAGCAGUACGAUACGGAGGAGAUCCGGCACUUCAGCCCCUUCCGCAAGUUCAAGGUGAUCUGCCUGACCGUCCUGGCAUCAGUCCGCAUCUACUACCAGUACCGGCUCGUCAAGUCGGUCACCAGGGAGCUGGUGAUGCGGGACCCGUACGCCCUGAAGCCUGUCCGCAAGCUGAUUGAUGCCUGUGCCUUCAGGACCUACCGGCACUGGGUGAAGAAGGGGGAGGCACAGAACAGAGCUGCCCUCUUCGAGAACACCUGCAAGGCCAUCCUGCUGACCCUGGCGGCUGAGGAGGGGCUGUUCUGAUCAUGCUGUGAGCAGUGAGCUCGCUUACAAGGAAUAAAACCUUUGAAAGCUAAA